AUGGAGGCGACCAAAAUAACGGCCGAAGAGAUGGUAAAAGUGGAUCAGGUUUUAGUCCUCGACCCCAAACAGGAGCUCCAUUUCAAAGGUUUAUGUAUGUUUUUGUGUGUUGUUUUGCGGCGACGAUUAGGUCCGUUCACGGAUGUGGUCACGGCUUACUUGAAGCUGACGAACCCGUCUGACCGUUGGGUGUGUUUCAACGUGAAGACAACUGCGUGGAAGCGGUACUGCGUCCGACCCAACAAAGGCCUUAUCGAGCCGUCGGGCGACACAACGAUCGCCGUUAUGUUACAACCCGUAGACGCAGACAAAUUGAACGACAAAUACAAACACAAGUUUAUGAUUCAGACAGUGUUUGCGGCCGACGGCGACGUCAAUCAGAGCGCAUUAUGGAAAGAAGCGAAUCCGGAGACGAUUAUGGAGUCGAAGUUAAAGUGUGUGUUUCACGUAACGGGUGUUGACUCGACUGUGGCCAUCAACUCUACGGCGCCGACCAAUUCGCACCAUAACAGUAAUAAUGCGAGAUUUGACAUUUGUUUAAUAAUCCCAUCUGUGUUUAAGAGAAUUGCUGAGGAAGUGGUGAUCGAAUCGGUGAACGAUGUGAAGAAAAUAAUGGACGAGAAUAAGCGGUUACGGCAAGAGUUGGUAUCGAUUCGGGCCGAGAAUUUGCAGCUAAAAGAAGAUAGACUGAAGCAUAGGGUGGGCACCCCUAUCAUACAGUACCACAUGAAUCAUAUACUACGCGAGCUUGGUGCUUUUACAUUGCACGAUAAUCCAACUAAUAUAGUAACUCAGCCAUCAGUUCCCAUACAACCGAUCGAAGGCAGUGCUGCCGACGACGAGAAAAGCUUUGAGACACCGGUAGACAUACACGAGGAGUCUGUCCGUGAGUUUCGCAAAUUGGUGGCCGAUAUCGGGCGCCGACUCACAGACUGUCAGACAAUUGCAACCAAAAAGCAUAAACUUUGGGCAAAACUCGGGGAAUGCGAACAAAUUGUGGCCACAGAUGGACAACGAGUAGACGUACAGCGGACAGAAUUGCUUAAUAUGAUUGAUAAGUCUGAAUCGCUCACUAAUUUCAUCUAA